CGGAGGCUGGCCCCGCACAUCGCGUAGCAGCGGGGACGCGGAGGCGGGGCCAUGGCGGAGGCGCCGGAGCAGGCCCGGGCCGAGGCGGCGGCCGGAGCGGAGGAGGCCGUGAAGAUCAUCUGCCUGGGCGACAGCGCCGUGGGCAAGUCCAAGCUGCUGGAGAGGUUCCUGCUCCACAGCUUCUGCCCCCAGCAGCUCUCCACCUUCGCCCUGACGCUCUACAAGCACCGCGCCCGGGUGGACGGGCGGGCGGUCCUGGUGGACUUCUGGGACACAGCUGGACAGGAGAGGUUCCAGAGCAUGCAUGCAUCCUAUUACCAUAACGCUCAUGCUUGUAUCCUGGUGUUUGAUGUGCAGCGGAAAGUCACGUACAAGAACUUGAACAGCUGGUACCAGGAGCUGAGGGAAUUCCGUUCGGAGAUUCCGUGCAUUGUGGUGGCCAACAAAAUUGAUGCGGAUAUGAAGGUGACCCAGAAAAGCUUCAACUUUCCCCGGAAGUUCAGUUUGCCCUUUUACUUUGUGUCUGCUGCAGAUGGCACCAAUGUAGUGAAGCUCUUCAACGAUGCCAUCAAACUGGCAGUUGCUUACAAACAGAAUUCAGGAGAUUUCAUGGAUGAGGUCAUGCGAGAACUGGAGAGCUUUGACCUGCAGAAAAGUGACAAUUCGUUGGAUCAAGAGGAGAGCUGCCCUGAAGAGAAUCCGCCAUCUGCCUAAGCCCUGGACUCGAGUCUGAGUUUCCCUUUGUUCUAGGUUUCUGGGGCUAAUUAAAGCUGGCCUUCACAAAGGGAAGUAAUUUUUCUCUUGCCCUGAGAGCUCAUCUGGGGUUCUCCCACUCUUC